GGUCCAACGCACGCACGACUGAGGGCCGAACAUUGCCCGUACUGUAGGUAGCCCACAAGUCUCAAUCGCCAGCAACCGCCUUGCCUGCCCACUCCUUGUGCACACACUACUUCGGUUGGAGCGGCCAAACGACUCGACUGCAACGUCUGGAAACCGCAGCCGCAAUCACCAUCGCCUGUCGACUCGUGGGUGAAAUCGACCAACACAUCGCCAACGAACAUCCCCGAGAUUUGUCGUCGUCCGCUUUUUAGAUUAUACCCGACUGGUUUUCUUUCGGCGGGAUUCUUCCUGGGGUUCGCUGCAGCUCAUCAUCGGCGGCACACGGACUAGUCCUCCUCAUUUGCCAUCAUUACCCACUGGCGGGCGUCUUCAUUUUCCCUCCUUCGCUCGCUCGCUUGCUCACGACGCAUUCGAUCCAUUACCCGUCCUUGUACUUUUUACCAUACGCAAGAAGCAUUUUUUUUUUGUCAGCAAGCAACCGCCACAUUUGAAGCCUGAGAUCGAACUGCCAAUUCUACGGUGCCCUCGAAACGCAUGAUCCCACAUACUUUGUUCACGAACUGCCGCCGCCUCCUUUGCCAGAUGCAGCUGAGAUCGCAGCCUUCUUGAGACCGACCGUGACAUAACUACCCUCUGGUUGACCAGAAAAUAUCAUAUCGCUCUCGAAGCAAGGACUCGCUUUUCGUCGACGAAGCCGAAUCAAGCUCGACCGGUAUCGAAAGCCUCUACCUCUGUUGCUGUUCGGAUCGAUUGAUCAACCCAUACAAAUUUGGUCCGACGACGUUCUCGUCCUAGUCCGUCUUAAAUGGACGGUCGGUCGUCUACGACAGCAGAACCCAAGCAUAACUACGCCACCAUUCCCUGGCCGACCCUGACGACCAGUCUUCCUGUUCAGCAUUCGACAAGCGACGUCGCAAGUCCUAUUCUACAGACCCCCAUCGAACUUUUACUCUUAUCGCAGCAUUCGGUCUACCACCAAAGCCAGCUGUUGAGCUACAACCGGCUCUUUGCCCCCGGGCGCGCAGGAGGAGGCGGCGGCGGUGGACUGCAGGGUUCUCCUACCGCGCCCGCAAAGUCCAGGUCGAGAUCGUCCAGCAAGGUCUCCAACAAGGACUCCUCGUCAUCAAAGUCGAACGGCAACCAGAACUGCCAUGGGAAUAAACAGUCAAGGAACACUGACAAGGCCGAUCGUGCGCUUAUAGCUGUGAAAGAAUCAGCUUCGCCCAAGAUGCCUCCGAAGGAGAAGGACGCCUCCAAAACCCCUAAUGCCUCUUCUUCCAACGCCACUUCCACAGCGUCAUCCAACGCGCCUUCCUCGGCUCCCCAACCACCAGCAACGACAAACAAUGCCCCACCCAAACAAGCCCCAGCGGCUCGACUGCCAGCAGUCCAGGCGAGCUCCGUGCCAUCGACGCCCCAUCAGCAUGCUAGAAACUACUCGUUCGAAGACCGCGAGCAGUCACCAAAUGCUAUUCAAAACCACUCACCACGCUCUACAUACUCCGAAUCCAACGUGGUGCCGACUUUUAGGCAGCUGCCGCCAAGGCUGGGCGGCUGCGCCUUCGAGACAGCCAUGAUUCGGGGUAGGAGACGAAUUCCAUAUAGCCUCGGCGAUCGCCGUCUGGAAAAGGUUGAGCCAAGCAAGAUCAAGAGCAAGCUCUCGGAGGACGAGGAGAGGAGACUGACCACGGACAUGCGGGAGCUGUUUGAUCGAUUAAAACCUACCGAAAAGGUCAAGGCCAACCGCGAUAAACUGAUCAAGAAGCUGGAAAAGAUGUUCAACGACCAAUGGCCGGGUCACAGUAUAAAGGUGCAUCUAUUCGGAUCAUCGGGCAACAAGUUGUGCUCUGAUGAUUCCGAUGUGGACAUUUGCAUCACGACCGACUGGAAGGAAUUGGAGAACGUCUGCAUGAUUGCCCAGCUACUCCAGAAGCGCGGUAUGGAAAAGGUGGUAUGCGUGUCCUCCGCCAAAGUCCCCAUCGUGAAGAUCUGGGAUCCCGAGCUUGGGCUUGCGUGUGAUAUGAAUGUCAACAAUACCCUGGCACUGGAGAACACGCGCAUGGUUUUGACCUAUGUCGAGAUCGACGAGCGCGUCCGGACGUUGGCGAUGAUUGUCAAGCACUGGACGCGGAGAAGAACAAUAAACGAUGCAGCAUUCGGUGGUACGCUCAGCUCGUACACCUGGAUUUGCAUGAUCAUUGCCUUCCUCCAACUUCGAGACCCGCCAAUAUUACCCGCCCUCCACCAAAACCCGCACAAGAAGCAAACGUCCAAAGAUGGCCAACCGAGCGAAUUUGCCGAUGAUUUGACCAAGUUGCGAGGAUAUGGAGGCAAGAACAAGGAGACAUUGGGCGAACUGCUUUUUCACUUCUUUAGGUUCUACGCGCACGAGUUCGACUAUGACAAGUCGGUAAUAUCCGUUCGGCUGGGCAAGCUCAUCUCCAAGGACGAGAAGGGGUGGACCUAUACGCUGAACAAUAUGCUCUGUGUCGAGGAGCCGUUCAACACAAUACGAAAUCUGGGCAAUACGGCUGACGACACGUCCUUCAGGGGUCUCCAUCUGGAACUUCGACGCGCGUUUGACUUGAUUGCUGAGGCAAAGCUGGACGAGUGCUGCGAGCAGUUCGUGUUCCCUAAAGAGGAGGAGCGCGUCUGGCAGAAGCCAGCCGCAGCGCCACGUCCAGUCUUGGUCAGGAGCUCGUCUCAGCAGCAUUCAAAUAGGGGAGGAAGAGGCAACUAUCGGGGCAGCCGCAACCACCGAGGUAACAACCGGAGGGCAUCGUCGAGCAUUGCCUACGAGAACAAUCCAGCCAUGCCCCAGGCUCAGGGGCAAGCGGCCUUCCAGCCAACUUUGAUGCAGGAUGGCCAGUGGUAUGCGACUAUGGGCCAGGCGCAAUAUCAAUAUGUGACAAGCGAUGGCUUCGUCAACCCCAUUUAUGGAACGACGGCAAUCCCAAUAGACCAGAACACGUUCCGGUUGCAGCAGUUAUACUCACAACAUUGGGUCGCCGCACAGCAGCAGGCCAUGAACAUGGCUAACAUGCAGCAACGCAUGAGCAGCUCGAGCAACCAGCCAACUGAUCGAUCUCGGGCUGGCUCUUUUGACCAGCCUCCGCUCUCUGCGCCGCUUCGCCCCGAACUGAAUUACGUGUGGCCACAAUACGCCAUGCCCGGACAGUUUUACCAAUCUCCAGUCAGCGCAUAUCCAUCUUCGCCUGCAAAUACGGCCACUCCUACCACCGGAGGUUCCGAGUUCCGGAGGAGCUUACACAGGAACACGGUUACCGGCGAGUCUGGCGGGGCCUCGAGCAGCUCGACGCUUAGAUCGCAGUCCCAGCCAGCGUCUCGGAGCUCGAUGCCAAUAAACAGUCACGGUGGCACCGGUGGGCAGCCUUCGAGCCAGAUGGCCCAGGCAGCUGGGUCCGCAGCGACUGCAGCCAACGGCGUACAAGCAUAUGCAAAUGGCUUGACGCCCUUGCAGACGAAUCAUGGCAAUGGUCAACACCUCAACUUUGUUCAGAACGAAGAGGUGAUUGACACCGACUUCGAAGGCAAGUCGUCUUCUGACUCGCCACCGCCUAUCAUGGAAGACAGCCAUACGGGCUAUGUCGGCUAUUACCUGAAUGACGGCUCGAAUCCAAUCAAGAAGCCCAUGCCAAGUGGCGUACAGGCCAGCAUUCCCAACGGAGCGCCUUCGUUUGGUGACAUGUCGCAGAACACGUUUGCUCGGCGGCGUCUUUCGUCGGACCACCAAUCGCCACAGUCAAUUCUCGAUCGCAGAAUGAAGCGAACUUCGCGCUCCCCCUCGCCACUUGGCCACGCUAGGGCGUUUUCAGUGGGUACGGCAGUGCCCGUCUCAGCAGGGACAACGCCGACCUUACAAAACGGCAACACAAGCAAGUUGUCGAUCGAGGCCAAGCCAGUAGUUGUCAAUGGGUCCGCGUCCCAUUCGACGUUGUCUUCUGGCUCAAGUCGAAAGCCUUCGGCUACUGAGAGCAUCACAUCCGAGACACCGAGCUUCGAUACUCCAAACUACGUUUCACAAACGAGUUUCGGCUCCAAUGGAUACAUGUCCGAUAAGGUGCUUUCAAACAACUCAGCAUCUAGCCAGGCAUCUGCAGCACCCAGCGAUAGGCCACUGGUUGUAAAUGGCUCCAGCACGCCCUCGUCAUCAGUGGCGCCGCCAGUGCUGGUCCCUGACUCCAAGUCGUUUAAUCAACGCAUCGCAGCCAUGGGGUCCUUUUCACAAUCCCCGACAUCGUAUCAUAGGAUAAUCCCGAACCCGGCGGUUGCGGCGCAAUUCUCUCAGCUCUCACCUGCGGGUAGGUUUCACAACGUGCACCGGGCGCAACAAAACGGCGUCAUUGCGCCUCUGGACCUGGCAAUGCCAGAACAUUCUAUGCCCAUGCCCGACUUCACGCACCUCUCCCCUGUUUAUGAGACUCGGACGCCAUCGCCAACCGUCACUCGUAAGUUUGACGGCCCUGCGUCCUCACAAGGUUUACUGGCGAGUGUCGUGCAGAACAAUGCAAGGAGCAAACAGCAAGCGGAAGGGUCAAAACCCAAGCAAAGGUCGAGCGCGAAUGUGAAACACGAAAACGCCAAGCCCAACGGGCAUACAAACGGCCACGGGCCCGCCUCACCUACAAGGGACCGCGUCGUGCCUCGGGUCGAGAUGGCCAUUUCCCCAACCAGCGGCGUACAAGCGGGUGAUUGGCAGAAGACUAAGAGUCGAAAGAAGCCGAGCAUCGUCAACAGCACACAGCACACCGGGUCGGGUGCAGAGCAGCCACCAAAGAACGACGCAGACCGGAAGGGGGGCUGAGCACCCAGCUGCGAUGGUUUGUCUCUCCUGGCAAAGAGACAACAGUUCGCUCGUCGGUGUGACUGAUAGUCGAGCACGACGUACGCUGGGCGUAACUGGGUUCUCUCAGUGCAACCUGGAGCUGAGAAGGUUUCAUGAAGAUGCACAUAUUGGCGCGGAGCUACGUUGCCCUGAUGCUGGCCACGUGGGCCAGGACAGACUUAUUGGAUAACAUGGUUGAAUCUGCUGCUCGUUGCGGCGUCAUGGGUGGGAUCUGGUUAUGUUGGACACGCCGAUCUGCAUUGUUCAGGAUUUUGCUUGACGUGGAAGGGCUGCGCGCUACGAUGACGAGAAGCGCCCGCUCAUGCUGGACUCGGAACGUGAUUCGCGCGUUGACCAGUCAUCGAUUCAGCUGAGGGGUUAUUGUAUGCCUGUGACGACGAGACGCAUGUGAUGGACGACUAGGCCUUGGGGAUGUUGGUGUGAAAAGGCCAUCUGCAUUUUGAAGGAAUACACCAUAGGGGGUUUUUUGGUGCUGAUUGAUAUGGAUAUGAGAUCGAGGGCGAGGGCGACAUAGACCCUAGCCGGGUUGAUUGCAUUUGUUCUAAAACAAGCCCAGAAGCGCGAGCAUUGAAAGCAGAAAGCAGGCGCCAAAGGAAAGCAAAGCUGUUUCUCCUUGUUUUUCCUAACUCUCUUAUGUUUUCUCUCCUGCCUGAUAUACAUUCCUCGGAAUCGUUUCCUCCUACCUAUCUUCCUGUCUCCGCCUCUGGGCCAUGUGUAUGUGUGUUGGGUGUUCCCUAUUAGUUUCAUUUGCCCGCGAGUCGCCCUUAUAACUAUUGGACUACUGAUACUAUUGUUGUUUUGUUUUUUGUCCUUUUUUUCCUUGUCUUGAUAUAGAAAGCAUCAUCAGCACAUCGUUUUCAUGAAUGAGAAGAAAGACAAAUGGAUCCAAAUGAAUGGAAGAAGAAGUCCAGGUUAUGGUGGUGUUUUUUUCCUGUCUACGAGGGUCUUUGGGGUAACUGAUUUUGCUUGUUUCUUUUAUAUCCACCUCGGAGGUGUUCAAAAUGAAAGCGAAGAACCAACAAAAAAAAAUCACAAAAAGCACAAAAAUAUAGAAAACUUUUCCACGGAAACAUUGAUUGUCACUGGCUUUGCAAUUUGCCUCUGCUUGGCCAUAUUCGUGUCGUGGCUGGUGUCUUUUGACGUUUUUUGUUCUGGUGACUUUUUGGUCUCGGGUCAGGGCUUGCGCUUUACCAAUCUUUCCCCCCUUGGAUCGAUGCGUGAAGAAUAUGCAUUUUUUAGUUGUGCAGAGCAUAAAUGAUGAGGUUGAACUGGCCAUGGAUGGGUUUUGAAGAGAUGAACUCGGCUGCCUUUACCUGCCUACCUAUUUAAUUAUGAAUUGAGUCGUCCAAUCCGU